AUGGCCCUGCUGCUCGGCAUGGAGAACGGCCGCGUGCUUUUGUGCGACCUGAACGGCAAGGGCCAGGAGCCCAGGGAGGUCGCGAAGAGGCAUGUCGGGAGCGUUGUCGCGUUCGCCUUCGCGGAUCGCGGCCAACUUGUUGUUAGUGCCGGCACAGAUCGCCUGCUGGCCAUUGCCAAGUGGGGGGCGAUGAAGAAGGCGAGGGUCGUGGCCUGCGGGGAGAGACUUGUCGGCUUGGUCAAUCCAAGGGGUGCUGCGGGUCGCACUUUGUUGUCCGUGGGGGAGAGGGGGGUUGUGAGGAAGUGGGAUGUGGCCAGCGGCAGGGAAGUGGGCACGGGCGCCAAGCUGCCGUUUGUCGGAGGAGGACGGGAGGGGGACGACGAUGAGGAAAGAGAGGAGGGCGUAUUGCCGGUUGCCAUCGGCCCGUGUGGAGCGGACCAGAUUUUUGUGGCCCUGUCAGAUCAAACGAUUUUGUAUGCAAAGGUUCAAGGGGGAGAUGAUGUUCAGCGGGUGAGCGAUGUCGUCUGUGGCAAUCUAGAAGAAGUCUAUGAUUUGAGACCGCUGCGGACGAGGGAUGUUGUCGCAAAGGUUGCGAAUAGGGGUAUGAGGGAUGUGGCAUUGGCGACCAACUCAAGUUGCUUGUGGAUUAUGCGAACGACGCCUGUGGAUGAUGCACAAGGGGAUGUGCCUCCGAAGCUUGCCACGGGGGAAAUAGAUGCAGGGGAACCGGAUGAGGGUUUGGUGAAAGAAGAGACUGCCGUAUGGUCUUGUCAUGCCGGUCUGCGGGGCCAUAGCGGCAUCAUUCUCUGCAUCGAUGCCCUGACGAAUCCGAAGGGCAUCGGGAAAGGGAACACGGCAGAUUCUUAUCUUGCCACUUCGUCUAGAGAUAAGACGGCGCGGGUGUGGCGGAGGAGUCGCGCAUCAGGUCGGUGGUCUUGCAUGGCAUUGGCUGACGGGCAUACAGACGCUGUUGGGGCCGUAGCCAUUUCGCAGCGCACUGCGGCGGGGCAAUUCUUCAUCGUGACAGGUGCUGCCGAUCGCACCAUUAAGCUAUGGAGCCUGGAUCAGGUGCAAAAAUCUGCAGAAAAGCGGGAGCGAAGUCUCACCGAUGGGGAGGCGAGAGCAGAUGCCGAAGAACAGGACUGGAGCACGGAGAUGACGUCGACGGAUAAAUCUGAGCUCAUGGCCUUAUCGGCCAAGUGGACCACGUUGGCCCACGACAAGGACAUCAAUGCCGUGGCCGUAUCGCCGGACUGCAAGCUAGUCGCGACCGGCUCUCAGGAUCGCAGUCUUAAGAUGUGGGAUGUAGCCAAAGGCACACUGAAAUUCACCUGCAAAGGGCACAAGAGGGGCAUAUGGAACGUGACCUUUUCGACGGUAGACCGCAUUGUCGCGUCUUGUUCCGGGGAUGCGACUAUUCGGUUGUGGAAUGUUGCGGAUGGAUCGUGCUUAAGAAGCUUUCAGGGUCACAUGUCAGGAGUGCUGCGAAGUGUGUUUAUCUCUGGCGGGACGCAACUCGCAUCCGCGGGUGCUGAUGGUAUAAUCAAGCUGUGGAUAACAAAGACCGGGGAAUGUGCAUCCACCUUUGAGGCACACUCUGACAGGGCCUGGGGCCUUGCCAGUAUUGAUGAUGGUGAGACUUUGGUGACCGGAGGUGCAGAUGGUAUCGUUGAGGAGUGGCUGGAUACAACAGAAGAGCAAGAGCUUGCAGCAGUGGUACAGAAAGAGGAGGAAGCGUUGCUGGAACAACAGGUGCACAAUUCGGCACGGGCGGGAAAAUGGAGCCAAGCUGCGCGCGGUGCGUUGAAGUUGGGCAUGCGACAAAAGCUGCGAGGAGUUGUAAUGGAGCUCAUUCAGAAAGCUGAAGACCCGUCAGAGGAUCUGGAACGGAUGGUGCGAGAGCUGAGCGAAGGGGGCAAGGACGAGAAAAAACGGUGGGAACUUGUGACGAAACUAUUUCUAGCCUGCCGCGAUUGGAACGCAGUGGGCGGGUCGAAGAAUGCCGGCGUUGCCAUGCGUGUAUUGAAGGCUUUGUUUUGCGUGUUUGGGCCGGAAGUGCUGUGCGAUAAGCUUGUCGGCGUGGAGAAGAGGGCACUCGUGGAGGGACUAGAUGCGCAUUGUAGACGGCAUUUGGAAAGAGUGAACGGGUUGGUUGCACGGGUUACAGUUGUUGAGCAUACGUUGGAAAAGAUGAGGGGGUUGGCGGACAUUGGUGAUGUAGAGCAGAGUGAGAAGAAGAAGCACAAGAGAAAGGGGGGGUCCCGGGAUGCCCCGCCGGAGGUGGGGAAACAGAAUGGAGUGAAAAGAAGACGAAAGAACAGGGAAGAAGUGGCGGCCGAAUACUAGAGCUAGCUGUUUUUCUCGCCGUGUCGCAACACGCCAGGACCACAGAUUGUGGAGAUCAUGAGUAAAGAGUUUAGCUUUUGAACAUA